AUGCAAAUUAAUGAGGAACAAAGUAGAAUUCUGACUAGGCAUAUAACUGAACAAGAAGUCUAUGAGGCUAUGAAGAGAAUAAAUUAUCUGACUGCACCUGGGGUGGAUGGGUUUGGUAUGAAGUUCUUCAAGGCUGCAUGGCCUGUUGUUAGAAAGGAUAUCAUGGAUGCAGUUCAGUAUUUCUUCAAUAAAGAAAGACUAUACAAGGCUGUUAAUAACAUUAUUGUUACCCUUAUCGCUAAAUUUACAGAUGCUUGUAUGAUUAUGGAUUUCGGGCCCAUCUCUUGUUGCACAAAUGUGUACAAGAUGAUAUCGAAAAUUAUGGAUAGAAUAUUGAGUAAGGUCCUUUGUAGUAUUAUUCACAUGAGCCAAGCGGCUUUUGUUCCAGGGCAACACCUGCAUGAUCAUGUUAUGUUGGCAUAUGAAUUGAUAAGAGGUUAUAGCACUAAAGGAGAAGCACCUAGGUGUAUGCUACUGGUGGAUCUUUAG